CUAGUUGCAUUGUUCGUCCAAGUAUGUACACACUUUGUAUUAUGGUCAGUUCACUGUUAAUUUCCUACGCGUAAUCAGAAAUACUGUUGUCACUUGGUCUCUGUGUCUUCUCAACAUUCCCCUAACCAAUUCGUUUUUCGGACGCAUUUUUCUGUAUUCAUAUGGAGAAGGAACAUCGCGACGUCAUUAGGAAGCUGCGUGUUUUUCUUGUAAAAAAUAUUUCCAACCUUGAAGAAAUCCUCGAUAUACUGGAAUCCGCACUAAUUAUUACUGAAAAUCAACGGCACUCAAUACUCUUUGGAACAACAUUAGCUGAAAAGAUACGUAGAUUCUUAGAUAUUAUAGUCAGAUGUGGCCCAUCAGCAUAUGACAAGUUUAAGCAAGCUCUUCUAGAAACCAACCAAAAGAGUAUAUAUGAUCGUUUGAACGAAACAGAGGAACUAAAAGUCCUAGCUGGUCAUGGUAUAUCAUCAGAACGCUUAUCUGAUACAAGAGAUGAAUCCAUUAUGAUCCCAGAUAGAGUUAGCUCACAUCCGUUGACACCCUACACUGUAACUUCGUUCCCGCGUGGUUACGUUCUCAUAAUAAAUAUAGAAGAUUACAGUUGUGAAUCCGGAGUACCUAAUCGUCAUGGUUCGUCACACGAUGCAUCUAAACUCCAAAUUCUAUUUGAGGACUUUAUGUAUAGUGUUGCUGUCAUUAAAAAUCUAGAGGGUGAAAAGCUGAAAAAAGUAGUGCGAGAAUUCGCUUGCAAACCAGAGCAUAGUAACGUACAUGCGGCUGUCCUUAUUAUUUUAGCACAUGGGUUAGAACAUCAUAUUAUAGCAAGUGACGGCACCCAUGUAAGCAUUGACGAACUUGUUAGUUGUUUUACUAACAAAAAAUGCCCUCUUCUAGCUGGAAAACCUAAACUCAUACUUAUACAAGCCUGUAGAGGUGAAGAACGUAAUCAUAAUGCUCUUGUAAAGCGUGAUUUUCUAGACUCUCUACCAUCAAACUUUUGUGAAGUUUCAUUAGAUCCCAGCUCUUGGCUGUCGCUGCCACAUAUGAGUGACUGUGUAAUUGUGUAUUCUACCUUACCUGGAUUUGUAUCUUGGCGGUCUGAAAUAGAGGGGAGUUGGUAUGUAAAAGUGUUUGUCGAGGUAACAAGGUUGCAUGGGCACAGGCUUCACAUUCUUGAACUGUUGACAGAAGUCAACAAUAGGCUUGUGUCAGAGGCGUCAAACUAUGGCAUCAAACAAAUAUCACAACCAGUAACAACGCUAACUAAGCCUUACUAUUUGUCCACUCUGAACACUUGAAAAAUUUAUUGUAUCCAGAAAUAUAGUAAUCUACUUUCAUCCCAUUGCUACUAGCUUCAUUCUCUACGGAACUUGUGGUAUAAGAUCUUACUUUGAUUGUAAUUAGGCGUAUCAAUGCAUGGGCAUUCGAAAUAUUUCUUAAUAAAUAAAGCUUUCCUCCUAGCAUAUUUCGUAUCUACCCAUUUUCGCUUAUGUUGGAGCGUCGUUAAAGCGAGUAUGCUCAAUAGUUUACGGUACGGUCCAUCAGAACAGCUAGAUAUGCUGCUUACAACUCAGCAUAACAUAACUAGGUGGUUUGUCGGUCCGUGUUUGCGAGAGACGGUUAGUAUGCUGCUCAAAUGCUUUCGCCGGUGUGAAAUUACCUUACACAGUAGAUAAAUCGAAUAUGGACUUCUGGACGCAUAUAUAUAAGCCCAUACGCAAACUACAUGGCUCGUAAUUCUUUAAUAGUGUUUAAACACGUAAUUUCGACUUUCUGUUACGAACAGGUACUGGGACUUGAUUUACCUAUCUCCGAACAUAUUUCGUUUUGAUAAUAUUCUUAAAUCUUGUUUAUGACAGAACUGCUUUCGUCUGUAUUUUUGCGCAGCCUAAAGAGGUACACUUUACGACAACAGUAGACAAAAUCCCGAAAAGUAUGAAAACUCAUCGCAAUUAUCUUUUUAUAUCACUCAGGAGAAAUUACAAAGAAAAUCUGGAAGUAACUAUAUACAAUAACCUUGUGAGAAGUAAUGUUUGAAAAAGAAAUUUACAAAGUCAAAAGAUUAAGUCAGUACUGAGCACGGGUCAUCAACUCAGCAAAUGUAACAGGAAGCCAGCCACCAUCACUGGGAUUGUACACAUAACUGACGUUGCGGUCGAAAAACACUUGUAAUGAUUCCAGUCUGUAUACUUGCUGACCUUCGAACAUCCUGUUUGAAAUAGGAUGGAAUAAGAAGCCGCGCUGCGCUGCUACUUGUUCAACUUGUUUACGUAGUGUUGUCGGAGGAGGAGCAACCAAAGGUGUUGAUGAUCCAAAAGCUGGCGGAAGUACGCCUGAUGAGCCAGCAGGAUACCUUGACACAUCUGACUGACCUUGCUUUGAGACCUGAGGUUCCUAAAUAAAGUGCGGAUUCCCAGAAGUACAGAAGACUUAAAGCAAGUUAGAAGUUUAUCUUAAGUCUACAAAUAAUACAUUUUUUUCCAGACUAG